GGCAUGUCGGGUCUGGUGGGAAACCCUUUCAUCGUCCUCCUGCGUCGCCAGAGCGGAGCAACGAGGGGCGCGCGCGAUGGCAGGCGGCGGUCUCCAGGGAGCGAAGAAGCGCAAGCGCGAGCACGCGGAAGGGAAGGCAAAGCCUCGGAAGCAAGUCAAGGGAGGCGGGGACGGAGCGAAGCGGAAGAGCCACUCGGCCGCCGGCGGCUACACGGCCCAUGGCGGCGCCGGCGAAGUUGUCGCGAGGAAGAAGACCCCGGUUACCCCCAAGGAGAAGCGCCUCGCGGCCAAGGAAAUGUCGGAGGCCAGGAAGAUGAAGAGGAGGCAGCAUUACAGCCUUGAGAAGGAACUAACGAAAUUGUGGGAAAAGAUGAGAUGUCACGAUGUGAGCAAAGAGGAGAGGUCCAAGGCAGUAAGUCAGGCUAUCCAUAAAAUGGAUGGGAAAUAUUUGGACAUUGCCACAUCACAUGUUACUGCACGUGUUCUUCAAACAUGUGUAAAGUGGUGCUCGGAGUCAGAGAGGGAUGCUAUCUUUGAUGUUCUACAGCCACAUUUGCUUACCCUUUCUUGCAAGAAAUAUGCCGUUUUUCUUGUAAAGAAGCUUAUAGAACUCGCCUCUAAAAAACAGUUUGCCAGUUUCAUAUCUUCCCUUCAUGGUCGUGUUGCCAACCUUCUUCAUCAUACUAUUGGAGCUGCAGUCGUUGAUUAUGCAUUUCAGCGAGGAACACAACGUCAGAAAAGGCAAUUGUUAGUUGAACUGUACUCCCCUGAACUUCAGCUAUUCAAGGAUCUGACUGUGCAAAGUUCCUCCUGUUUGAUAGAUACAAUUUCCAAGCUUGGGUUGCAGAUAUCAUCUGUCCUGCUUCAUAUGACUAUUGUGAUUGAUAAAAUCUUGGAGAAAGGUACUGUUGAGUACUUAAUAGUGCACACGGCCAUAUUGGAGUACUUUACAAUUGCAGAUAAGACCUCAGCCUCGGAUGCUAUUUGUCAACUUAUCCCCCUUCUUACUCAAGGGGCAUUAAUCAUAGAUGGAGAUGAACCUACAAACGCUCCAGAACUACCAAAGAAAGCAAAAGCUAAGAAGAAAAGGUCGAAAGAGCCACUUAUUGUUCGGAUCAUGCAGACAAGGGAAGGAUUAAAACUAGGAAUUAGUUGCGUCAAGUAUGGCAGUGCAAAGGUAUAUCUGCACAAGUUAUUAUAUUUUAACUUCAGACUAAGUGGGCGCGAGAAUGUAUUUCAGGACAGGAAGAAGAUUAUUAAAAGUUUGAAGGGCCACAUUAUGAAGCUUGCUCUAAGUGAUUUUGGAUGUCUUUUUCUUAUCUGCAUUAUUUCUAUUGUUGAUGACACAAAGCUUGUUAAUAAGAUUGUCAUUCAAGAGCUGGUAAAACAUUUAAAGCAGCUCAUUUUUGACAAGAAUGGGAGACGGCCAUUGCUGCAACUACUUCACCCUUUUUGCUCACGCUAUCUUUCUCCGAAUGAUCUAGCUUGUCUGAACUACAAUGUGCCUUCUCUUAGUUCAACAGAGGUUGAGACAUCAGAGAGUGCUAUAGGAGUUAUAACAGAAAAUAAAUUAGAUGAUGUGACUGCUCAAGAUCCCAAUGGCUUAGAAGGCAAGCAAAUUGUGUUUGAGAGCAAGAAGGAUCCAUUACAAAGGCGACAUGAACUGUUGAUAAAAAGUGAGCUUGCCGAGGCUCUCGUUCAGUCAUGCAUUGAAAAUGUUGGAGAAUUACUUCGAACAAAUUUUGGCAAAGAAGUAUUGUAUGAGAUGGCUGUUGGUGGUAAAGACAACGUUCUGGAUGGCCUCACCGAUAGGAUCCACAUGUUGCACGAUGCAAUAGCGUCUGAUGCGGCCCAACCGAAGACUGAAGAUACGGAACAUGCAUUUGAAAACUUCUUUUCCAGCCGUGUAAUCAGAAGAAUGGUAAUCGAUUGCCCAGCGUUUGCAGUCACUCUCUGGAGAAAGGCUCUUCAGGGGAAGUGCAAGAUAUGGGCUGAAGGACACAGUUCGAAGGUGGUUGCGAGUUUCCUGGAGUCGCCAAGUACGGAGGUCAAGGAUCUUGCAAAACCUGAGUUGCAGCCGCUGGUUGAUGCUGGCAUCCUUAAAGUGCCAGACCCUAAGGUUGUUCAAAAAUGACUCGUGCGCGGGGGCCUUUUUGCGCCAGUAAAUGACUCGAGGACCAUCCCUUGUUUAAGGGAUACGGAUAGGUUUUUUGAAGCUCGUUCUGCCGAUAAAAAUUGUUAAAUCACUCGUUCGUGUGUACGCCAGUCCGUUGUACACAUACCCUGGAUAUAUGGUGAAUCGGAUACGUUAUUUUGUUUUAAACUCGGAAUGCUCCUUUUUAUCUAUAAAUUUUUUUAGGAGAUUUGUGUU